CAGACAACCACAAGAUAAGACCAAGACCAAGGAGCGUGUGCCCUGUCUUGUUCAACUUUAUUACACGUCUUGAAAUUUUGUUGUGAACGAUAGACAUACGAGGAAGACACACACGAAGGGAAAAAAACACACGUUUAAAAACAAGAAAUGUCUCAACCUCGCCCGACGACGCUCAACUUCAUAACCGGCAACAAGAACAAACUCGCCGAGGUCCAGGCCAUUUUGGGAUCGGUGGACGGCCUGACGUUGCAGAGUCGAAACGUCGAAGGGGCGGAGAUCCAAGGGACCAUAGAGGAGGUUGCCAGAGAUAAAUGUUCUAGGGCCGCCGAAGUGGUUGGCGGACCUGUCCUGACGGAAGAUACUGCGUUGGAGUUCCAAGCUUUGAAAGGCCUGCCGGGACCGUACAUAAAAUACUUUCUUACGGCUUUGGGCCAUGAGGGCCUCAACAACAUGCUGGCUGCAUACGAAGACAAGACAGCCUUUGCUGUUUGCACGUUCGGCUAUUGUGCCGGUCCCGGACAAGAGCCCAUUUUGUUCCAGGGACGGACGAAGGGCAAGGUCGUGCCAGCCAGAGGGCCACCGAAUUUUGGCUGGGAUCCGGUGUUCGAGUAUGAGGGCAAGACUUAUGCCGAGAUGGACAAGGCUGAAAAGAACCUGAUAUCUCACAGAGGUAAAGCCCUGGACAAGUUGAAAGUCUGGCUUGCUGGUGGGGAAUCGGAGCCUUGAUAUGUCAUCCCCCUUACAGCGCAGCGACAGAGACGAGAAACAUCGUCUGGCGCAUGGUGGCUCGCACUUGAUGAUACCCAUGUAUUGUGUCGGUGUGUGAGAGACAAAUUUUUUAAUGCCUCGGUCACCCUGUUGAUCCUUGACCAUGAUCUUUCAUCCAGUUCCUGACCCAUGCCACCACUCGCUCUGCGUUCUCUUCAAUGUCCUCGGCUGCGACGCUCCUCAA